GCUGUCACUCAACAAACUACAUCUCCCAUCAUCCUGCGCGUCGCGGGCUCGCUGUGUCCCUUGUUGGAUUAUUUUUGUCGCUGCCGGAUUCUUGAGCUCUGGUUCGGUUCUGAGUGGGAUUGCGGGGCGACGUGAGGAGCUCGAACCUGGACAGAGCCGGGCAGGUGCCGUGAGGAGGUGAAGCUUCGCCCCUCUGCUCUGCCGCCUCCUCUUCUUCAUCCUCUUCAUCCUGGCACCGUAAAUGUUAUUUAUGAAUGCCUGCCGCUCACGGGCGUGUGCGCGCAGGCUCUCCAUCACUACGCUGUUAUAAUUAGAAGACAUCGGACAGAAAUUCCGGCCGAUGUGCGGGUCUAUCCCGCAGCUGCGGUGUCCGCUGUGUGCGGUUGAACCCGCGCUUCGGUUCUUUGUGAUCGGCUCGGUUCUGUGAGCGGCGGCGGGUGGAGUUCUGCUCUUUGAUAACACUGGGUCAAUACACCGAGAGACGCCGCAACCCGGGAAAGCCUCACCUCAACACCCGACAAGGUGUGUUGCCAGAACAACAACUAACCAAUGAUGUCCUUGUGAAAGUGGGCGGGGCUACGUGGCCCUGAGGCAGUAAGGAGGAGGAGUCUCAGCCCUUAGCCCCUCCCUAACCCUAACUUGUCCCACUGACACUCAGACAGCCUCAGCACCCCUGUCCCUCCUUUUCCCCCUUUCCCUCCCCAUCCUUUCUACCCCCCAUCCCCACCUGUCCCCUUGUUCCUUCCCCCAUCACCCCCCUCCUCCUCUGCCACCAUGCUGUGGUUGUACUGUUGGUGGAGAGUCUGAGGAAGCAGACUCUGGAAGGUGACGCCGCUCAGCCGAGGGACAUUUCCCUGUCCCUGCUGGACCCGAAAACUCUUGCAGAGUGCUGGCCCCCAGAUGGCUUGAUGCCUGAGAGCAGUUACUGGCAGCUCUGCCCUCCCUCCAAGUCCAGCGUGCAGGGGGGGUUACUGAGCUCUAGUUUCCCCCCUGGCCCUGUCCCCCUUGUGCCCCCAGAUGCUCACUUGCAGGAUGGGGGCGACCUCCUGGAUGGGGGUCCCUCUCAGCAGCAGCCACUGGUGCCCAGCACCUCCGCAUCUGAGCUUUCUGUCCCUGGACUUUCAACCGACCCCUCAGGGCCUGGACCCCCUCCGCCUCCUCCCCCACCCUCGAAGCGGCACUGCCGUUCGCUGUCGGUGCCCGAGGACCUGUCUCGCUGCCGCUAUACGUGGCGGCCCAGCGCCUCGCGGGUCUGGACCCCCGUCAGUCGCCAGCAGUGCCAUGGAGGAGCUGUGGGAGGGGCCACAGGUGCUGGAGUGGCACUGGCAGGAGGGGGUAUAGCGGUGGGGGUGGCAGGGGGAGGAGCCUGUCCUCUCCGUGCCCCCAGCUCCUCUCUGAACUCGUCCCUGCACUCGUCGUCCAGCCCCACCUUCUUCAGCCUGGCGCUGUCUCCGGACUCCCCCCUGCCCUGGAGCUUUCCCUGGGACCCCAGUGAGGCAGCAGCAGGGGGAGGAGCCUGCUGCUGCUUCUUCCCCUCCCCCUCCUCCUGCUCGUCUUCUCCCUCCCCACUGCAUCCGCCUCCCCCUCCUCAGCGACGUUUCUCCCUCUCCCCUGUGCUCAUCAGAGACUCAGCAGCCUCCACUUUCCUCCCCCCACCACCAGUGCCGAGCCAAUCAUCGGCACCCCCGCCAGGCAGCGGCGCUGCUGCUGCCGGCCCUCCUGGGGGGGCGGUUCCCGCCUCACCGUCUUCAGCCUGCAGCACCCCGUCCUCUCUGCGGCGCAGCCUCCCCCCCCAGCUGCCCCGCUGUCAUUCGCAGCCAUGUGACCUGCUGCUGUUCAAACCGGGUCUGAAGAGGCGCCGUGACCCCGACCGGCCCUGCGCCCGCCCCGUUCUCGACUUUGUCAAGAUGACACAGACCCGCAGCAUGGACCCGCAGUGCCUGGAGCGCGCCGGCGGCAGGCUGGUCUGUGGCAGCGACAUUUGCAUGGGCUUGGAGCCAUUCAUGGGCGACUUCCGGGGCUCCUGCUCACCGGCCGAGUGCCUGGGCAGGACGAGCAUCGGGCCGCUGAGCGAGAGCGAUGAGGAGUGCCAUGAGGAAGAUGAAGAGGAGGAGGCAGAUGAACGGGAGGCAGCGCAGCAGGCGGUUUUUGAGCGGGAUUGUACAGAAUUGGACUUGAACUUAAUAGAAGAAAACUGACUUGUCUGUAAAUGAAAGCUACUUGGUUUCUUUUUUCUAACUGAGUCUUUUUUUUUUCUUAAGAUUUGACUCCGCCCCUUCCUCCUAACACCCCCUAAUCAUAACCUGGCACCUCCCUGCCUCCAAUCAGCAACACUCUCAGGAACAACACCUUCUCUCAUUGGUCGAGCUUAUUGACGACGGCGAUGAUGCGGCUGCAGCCCCCGCGGCUCUCGCUGCCGCCGGUUACCUCCACUCAAGAGGCGGGGCCGGCGUCCAGACAGGCAUCUUCCAACAGGCAGCUGCAGAGUCGCUGCAACCACCUGACAGGGGAUAACGGCGUGUACGCCGCGGCAGUGCGACCUGAACCACAUCACUGCAGAACCCUUGGACUCCAGGCGAGUUCCAUCUGCAGCGCUGAACUAAAAAACGAAGCAGAUGGUGAUGCGUUCAGGUUCCUGCUGGUCCGCGGCGCCGCCUGUCGGUCUCCCCUCAGGGCGAGCUGCCGCUGAUGCCGUCGUCCUCCUGAGUGUUCACUGAAAACAUAACCAACACCGUCUGUGCACGUGCACUGUUGGCUCUGACAUCACACUUUGUGAUCAUGUGACCUGUCCAGACUGAAUCCAGGCAGACAGCCCACCCCCACCCCCCAAAAGCAGCAAGUUGUCCUCAAACGUCGUCCUUCUGCUUGCUGGCCAACUGAUCAUGUGACCUACAGGGUUUUGUGAUACAACCUCUGCCCAAAAUGAAGACGAUCAUCAAACUCUGAUAAACAUGAUCCCACCUGAACCACAUGAACCCUGCAGUCGAAGCUAAAGUCAUUUAGGUCAGAAUUUACUUAAGUUUCCUGGGUUUCUGCUGAUUAACAGAGUACCAGCACAAAGGCACACAGAUGUUCCAGCUCUGAAAGAACCGAACAUCAGCUGGAGUGAAUUUGCACAGAUAAAUAGGGUUACUGUAUUUCAGCAGCACUUUGGGAGGAGAUCUGUGGAUUUUGUUAAAUGAUGUGGACGAAAAUCUACUUUUAGGAGAGUUUCAUGUGUGAUUUUAGUAACAAAUCCCGUUUGAGAGACGCUGACUCUUCCCACUGGUGGUGCUGAAGCCUUGAUGUUUGGUUUUGAAGUUAUUCCAGGUGUCCGUGUGUGUUUUAGGUAAGCGUGCAGUAACGUUAACAUUGAUGUUUUAUAAAUAGAGCAGGGUAUCAUUAGCAUAGAAACAUUUCCUGUUCAUUUAACUUUAAUGUGUAGAGAGUGAGCAGAACUAAACCAAGGCAAGAGGAAAACCUUUCCAUGCAAAAAAUAAGACUUGAAUCACCAGAUAACCACUGGGGGGCGUAAUACUCAGUAAAGUUCAAACGUAUUCAUUUGAAUGUAAAAUUGUCCAACUACUGUCUUAGAGACAUGCAGUCCGGUUCCAAAGCUGCCUUUUGUUCACAUUCGUUAGGUUUAGUAUCCAACAGUUCUGAAAUGUAAUUUUCCAAAGAUCGCAUGUAUAUUAAAGAUAAAAGUUUCACACAACGUGCAGGCGGGGUGGGUCCCAUUAACUGAUAGCCUCUCCUUCCAUGUGGAUGAUGUCACAUCCUGUCAAUAUGACAACCUUCCCAAUAUAAAUAGCUUGGUUCAAAAGUCCAAAAUACAAAACUUAGCGAAACACACGACAGCUUGGAGGAAAAACAAAGUAGGUAGAAAAUAAUGAAACGUUCAAAAAGCAGAAAAACAUUUUAGCACACAGAUAUCUCUAUAGUUUCCUCCUGACAAGCCGCGACAGAAAACUUCACUUCUUCUUAACUGAGUGGAAGCAGAAGGCUGCUUUGGAGCUCCAGGGGCUCCAAGGUUUUCCACAUCCCUAGACACUGAUAUGUCUGAUCUGGAUUCAGUCUCGGCUUGAUUGCUCGUGUAAAAACAGCUGUCCAUCCGUCCUUCCUUUGCUUUUUUUUCUUCCAAAAAUGAAAGGUCUGAAGGUGUUUCCCCAAACCUCCACCCAAAGGCGUCUUUGAGGAUUCAGGCUGACGUCUUCAGCCCAUCGGUUCAAACAGGUCGAUGUUUGGUGACGGCCGCUGUUGAGACGCUUUUUUCCCUAUUCCCAUUAAAGGACGUAGGAGUCCUUCAAAUGCGGAAAACCAUCAAAAUUAUGAGAAAAGACAAUCAAGUCACCAUCUUUAAAGAGUAAAUGUUGAGUUGAUCAUCUCAGAGGGAGGCACACAGGUUCCAGCUCCGCUGAUUCUCUGCAUUUCACUGCGGCUGUUUUACUGUUAGACUUUCCCGCCUUGGAUUUUUCCGCCGAUCAAGACCUGAAACCAGCGGACUGCGUGUGUUCAACCAUCCGGUCCCACAAGACAGAAGAAGAACCGCUUCAUGUAUGGACAAAACCAAAUCUGGUCACCCAACGUCAAAAUGGUAAAAGUAGACGAGGAAGGUUUCUGAUGAAAGCCGAAACCAGUUUGCACUUCCUGAGUCUGAACAUCAUCAAUGUCUCAUGAGUUUACAUUUAACAGAACGUUAUUUUGCAGACUGUUUUUGUACAAUUAAAAGCUACAGUUUCAUCAGUGUCACA